AACUCAAAGACGGCCAAAUGACCAACGGCCAAAUGACGAAUCAGCUGAAUUUGCAGCAGCGGCAUCCGUUGUUGCUAGCCAUUCCGGGAAAUAAUUAUGCGCAAACGCAGCGCAUGCAUUACUAUCCCAACCACUACUACCCGAGCCACUACUUCCCGGGCCAUUACCACCAAGGACACCAAGGAUUCCAGGGGCAGCUGGGUCGACCCCCGCUCCAGGCGGCCGCCAGCAGCCACAACGGUGCUUAUGCGGCCACGGCGGCUGGCAGCGGACACUCCGGCUACGGCAGCAUCGAGCCGUCGGUGGAGUAUGAGCUGCCGCACGACCCACCCUCGGGCAGCUUCUCCUCCUACCACACCAGCAGUGCGGGCAGUGGGCCCGCAUACCCGCCGCACCACCCACAGGAGGCGCCACCGCCGCCCCCGCCCACCAAGUCCUCGAAGAAAUCGAAGAAGAGCGCCGGCUCGGUGAUGAACGCCCUGACGCUGCUCUCGUUCUUCUUCUUCGUGAACAUGCUGCAGAACUGCCUGAAGGAUCACAUGGCCGACAUGAAUCCCACCGUGAUGGUGCUCACCGCCAGCGGGACGCGCAACCGUUUCAACAAAUUAGCCGAGAUGAACUCACGCGAACAGACCUCCACCACGGCCACCGAAUCGGCGGCCGCAUCAUCUUGGAAUCCGAAUCUGCAUCAGCAUCCGAAUCAGGCUGCUUUAGUUCCGGCCGCCGAGCCCAGUGUACCGCCCUCCAUUGUUAUGCCCACGGUGGUGCUCCAGUCGCCCUACAGCGGCGGACUGCCGGAGGUGGCUAAUAGACCCCACCAGCAGCAGUACCCGCCGCAGAACUCCCAUUCGCAGAACCCUCAGCAGAAACCCCCUGAUUAUCGCCCCCACAUCGUGGACGAUGAUUAUAAUUACGGGCAGCGCAGACCUCCGCCCCAGACCUACUCGACCACCUCCGAUUUGUAUCCUAAUCGCACACACAUCGACCACUCGUCCCGGCCCGACUUUGAGUCGGACUCGGCGGGGUCCGAUUACUAUCAGCACCACUACAACCCGUAUGCCGGCACAAAUUCCCGCCGGCAUCCUUGGUCUUAUGGCAGGCAGCGUUACUCAUCCGCACCGUGGUCUUCAGCUUCGUUGGGCGCUCAGUCGGGCGUGAGCUCUUACUUGGAUAAUGCCCAGCGCCGGCAAGGUGAUGAUGACGAUGGUCAUGGUUAUGGCUAUCGGGAUGGGGAUGGGGAUGGGGAUCGGGAUCGGGAGGGAGGUGGCUAUUGGGCUGGCGACGAGGAUGAGGAUGGUCAGCAGCGGCGACGCGGCGAUGCCUUCUACACUCGCACACGCAUUAAUUGA